CACCGUUUCGCCUACUGGGUCCUUCUGAACUUCUUUUCUCGGCCCAAACAGCAGAAGUCACGAUUUUCAAAACCCAAGUCUCGAUUCAAACGUCUUGUAUUGCUCCUAGAUCACUGCUUAUAUACGAGACAACCCGCCGACAAUUUCACUAAACCCCACGCCGAAGGGACAAAGAAGAUAAAAGUGGAAGAGGUCGACUUUCGACUCGUCUCUCCGCUAUCUCCUCUCCUCUACGAGUAUCCUCUCGCUUGGGACCACUCUUCUCUCGGUGUGCUGUGAAUCAGAGUCUUCUGAUUCCUUUAGAUUUACAUUUUCGUCUGGAUAUUUGAACUCCAAAAACAAGAUGAACGCUCCAGAUCGCUACGAGUCGUUUGUGCUCGCCAGUGGCGAAAAUAAAGUCGAGAUGGAGAUAGAUACUCGCAUCCCGUCGUCUGCUAUUUUCACUUUCAACAAAGAAGAUCACACCUUGGGCAAUUUGAUCCGUUCUCGCCUGUUGCAAAGUUCCCAUGUCCUCUUCGCUGCAUACAAGGUGCCUCAUCCUCUUGUUCCCCAAUUUCUGCUACGCGUACAGACAGAUGGCGAAAUCACUCCCAAAGAAGCUGUUGUUACCGCCUGCCAUGAGCUUGUCCGUGAUCUGGGCAUACUAUCUCGAGAAUUCACUAAAGAAUAUGAGCUCCGCAAAAUGGUCGGAGCUACUCAGCAGCAGAAUGGUGGUACUUCUAUCUGGGUUAACUUCUCCUUUAUGGGCGGCGCCAACAGCGCUCGUCCCGGACAACCUCCUUUCGUGCAGCAACCCCCAUAUUCGCCAUUCCCCCCCGGCCAACCACAGCAACAACAGCCACAUCAGACUGGCUUUGCUCCCCAACCAGCCGGCUAUGGGCCUACUAAGCUGCUCUCUGGGUCAGGAGGCUCUCAGCUGCAGCCUCAGUCCACAGGAUUCCCCACUGGGCAGCUCCAGCCCCAAUUCACCGGCCUCCCUGGAACUUUAUCGCAAUCGCCUCAGAAUGGUUUCCAAGCAUCAGCUCAGCAUCCACAGUAUACGGGGCUUGCCUCCCAACCGCAGACUACUCAAUUCCAGGUCCCGUCCAAUACGAGUCUUCCUGUUCGACCCGCUCCUCGGACAUCAACAGAAAUGGCAGACUCGUUCCAGGGCAGUACUGGUAUCGCUCCGCCGCCGCCGCCGCCGAAACCAGCUGGAAAUAAGAUCCCCAAUAUAAGGCUUUCAUUCAUCACCGCGCAAGAUCAGGCCAAGUUUGAACAGCUGUUCAAGUCCGCCGUGGGCAAUAGUCACACAAUGAGUGGAGAAAAAGCCAAAGAGCUUCUACUACGAUCAAACCUACCGGGAAAUGACCUAUCCAAGAUUUGGAUUCUAUCUGAUUCCACCAAGUCGGGGCAGUUGUUUUUUCCGGAAUUCGCUCUGGCUAUGUACCUCUGCAACCUCAGGAUUACUGGCAGGGAUCUCCCAGAUGCUCUUCCGGAGAAGAUAAAAAACGAGGUUUCCAGCAUGGUCGACAUAAUCUCUUUCCAAGUCCCGGAUACCCAGCCGGAGUCUAUCGUCAGGACAAACGUUCCGAAUUUCGAUGCCUCGAUGAUGGAGGCCCCAGCUGUCCAUUCAGCUCCUAAACAGCCUCAGCCUCAGCAAUCAAAUAAUGCUCAGCUUUUCACCCAGCUUGAGACGCAGCCCACUGGCUUUUCUCAAGCAACCGGCUUCCAGCAGAUUCAGUCAUCAUUCUCAGGCCAAAGUGCUAUCCUUCCACAAAUCACAGGACUACCUACGCAAUCUCAGCAGCAAUUUUUGCAACCCCAGCCAACGGGCUUCAUGGCCAAUUCUCAACCAACAGGUUAUAACGGGCCUCGCCCUCCUGUUCCGCCCGUGCCUACUGGUUAUGGGCAGAACCUUAGCCCUGCGCAAACUGGGAGCGCUGUUGGGCUAGUCGCACAGCCUACCGGCCUUCCCGGACAAUGGGGAUUUGUUAACGCGCCUUCGUCGGGACUGCCCAAUAUUGAAGCUCUCAAGCAACAACUCAUGCCGCAACCAGGCCGCGAAGGUGGCUUUUCUGCUGCUGGCCUUUCGGGCAACGCUCACAUUCCAUGGGCCAUCACUAAAGAAGAAAAGAAAAUAUACGAUGAUCUAUUCCGAGCAUGGGAUGGAUUUCACAAAGGCUUCAUUGGCGGCGACACUGCGAUCGAGAUUAUGGGCCAAAGUGGCCUAGAUAGGAAAGACCUGGAGCACAUCUGGACGCUGGCAGACCCCCACAAUAGAGGCCGUCUCAACAUGGACGAAUUUGCCGUGGCAAUGCAUUUGAUAUAUAGGAAAUUGAACGGGUAUCCGGUCCCCAGCCGCCUACCACCAGAGCUUGUUCCUCCAUCGACGAGAAACCUGAAUGAUUCCAUCGGCACAAUCAAGUCGAUGCUUUCCCAGGAUGCGGAAACGCGGAAGGCUUCAGGCGCGUUUUUGCAACCACAAAAGACCGGCGUAAGCUACCUAAAAGAGCACUCAUUCCGCGGCGGUGCAGCUUCUCCAGGUGCCGGUCGCAAAGAUGCCACUCUCUUCAAGAACAACGACGAGGCCGCUGCCGGUUAUCGCUCUAGCGCUCGUCGCCGUCUAGGUAGUAGUGGUCGGACACCGUCUCCUACUACUUCACAGACAUCCGAAGAAGAGCUUUCCGUGGAACAACUGAAGAAGAAGCUACGCGAGGCUCAGAUUAUGUUAGAUGCGGUGGAUUUUCAGGAUGAGAACCAGGCUGAGGAGGACGAUGCCUUGGAUCGAAGAGACCGAAGGGAGGCUGAAAGCCUGAUGGAUCGUAUUCGGCGUGUUCAGGAUGAUAUUGACACUCACCCUGAUGCUUUCUUACGCAACCUCGAUUCUGGCGCAGAGCGGCGAUCUUUGCGCCGUCAAUUACAGGCCUACGAAGACCAGGUUCCGCAAGUUGCAUCAGAAACGAGACGCAUCGAACGAGAAAUCGCAGAGGCUAGAUUAGAACUUUUUCGCUUGAAAGAUGCGAAGAAUCAUCCUAACAGCGCCUCUAACAUCGUGGGGACAGGGCCCGGGGGUGCUGUGACUGAAGCUGACCGUAUCAAGGCACGGGCGCGUGCCAGAAUGCAGGCCCGCGCCGCCGAACUUGCUGGACGGCCUAUUCCGCCUUCGCAAGAUGAUGACGGAGCUGCCGCACGUCGCCUUGAAGCAGAAACUGCCAACGUAAAGGCUGAGAGAGAAAAGAAUGAGAGUAUGACCCGUGAUGUGGAAGAUAGCGUCAGAGAUUUUGCACGAAGCCUUGAGGACAGUCUCAAAGGCGGUGGCGAAAAUUCUACGCGUGAGCAUGAAAGGAGACGCUGGGAGGAUGCCCUGGGCGUAGAAGAUGUGAUUCGGGACUUCAUCUAUGACUUGAAACGCGGUAGCCGCACUGCGCAUAUUCGUAAGGAGGAGCAAUCAAAGGCAGUCAGUGCUAAGGACGAGCACCAGCAUCAUGAUGCGGGGUCGUCCCCCUAUACAGCUGCCGUACGGUCUUCUCCUGUGCCUACCAGCUCCACGGGGCCGUUGCCUGGCUCUACACAUGAGGACCGGGUUGCGGCUGCUAGGGAACGUGCGCAGAAGCGUAUUGCUGAGCGAAUGGCAGCUGCGGGCCUGAAACCUCAAAGCGACUCCAUGGAAACUCUUACCCAGCGCCAGGAGCGAGAAAGGAGAGAGCGCGAAGAACGGCUGAGGCGAGCAGAAGAAGAAGACGUCAAGCGGGAACAGGAGAGACAGCGACGUUUGGCCGAAGAGCAAAGAGAUACUGCCACACGCUUCAAGCCCACUGGUAAGAAACCUCCUCCGGCACCACCCUCGAGGAGAGUUCGCACCGAUAGUGGAGGCCAAGCCGAUGCGAAGAAGGCUACAGAUACAUUGGCCGAAACAGAACAGUCCACUCGGGAACAAGCGAUCAGAGAAGAACAGCGUGUCCAGGAGGAAGAGACUAUGCGCCUAGAGUCCGAAACCGAAAUCCGUGAGGCAGAGAUGAGGAAAGAGAGAGAGGCACAGGAAGCGCGCCUUGCUGCUCUCCAAGAGCAGGUUAGACAGGGCAAGAUCAAGAAGCAGGAAGAGAAACGAAGGAAGGAAGAGGCAGCCCGCGCGGCAAAAGAGCAGGAAGCAAGAUUAACAGCCCAGCGUGCUGAGCUUGAAAUGGCAAGAGAAAGAGAACGUCAGCUUCAAUUGGAACUGGAAGGGCUCGGUCAAGAAAGUUCUUCGGAUGAAGAAGGCCCCGAAGAUGUCGCUGCUCGGGAUAGCACACCGACUCAGAGCCAGCCCGUUUCCGCGGCGUUAGCCACCACGCUUCCGUCCUCAGCCCCAGUGUCAGAGCCCCCGACAGAGUCAAGUAUCGAUCUUGGCCAGUCCUCCACUAGCAGCAAUCUCAACCCCGAAGCUGAAUCCAAGAAUCCCUAUUUCAAGAAGAUUGGCCAAGCCCCAGAAACCCCAGCUGCUGCAUUACCGGUGUCACAACCCAAAGUCGUGUCUCCUAGAGCUGAUCCCCAGUCGACGAACCCUUUCCAUCGAUUGGCCCAACAACAAGAGAGCACCAGACCGAACUUCACUGCUCCUGGCCCCUUGGAACGCAAAUCACGAGCUCGUCCUGAGGCGGAUGAUGACUGGUCUGCAGCAGGGUCAGAUUUCGACUCCUCUGAUGAUGACGAUGACGAACGUCCUGGCGGUGGCAGUGCGAAGCAACUUGCGAGUAUUCUGUUCGGUACUAUGGCUCCUCCACGACCUCUCAGUGCCAUGGAGGAGAAGUCUCCAUCCAAAUCUUCCACUCCUGUACCGGAAAACUCGAUAGCACGACCACUGCCAGUUGAUGAGACAGAAGGAUCGGUUUCUGGAGUUGAGGGAACUAUCCCACCACCUCCGCCACCCCCCCCUCCUCCAGUGUCAACCCUUGGCGUCGAGCCUGUUGCUCCGCCACCGCCACCGCCGCCUCCUGCUCCCGGCCUGGCACCUCCUGCUCCGCCUCCGGGCAUUCCUCCACCACCUGCACCUCCAUCGGCAGCAGCAGGCACAAUGGACCGAGGUGCUUUGUUAGCCUCCAUACAGGCAGGCAAAGGACUUAAAAAAGUGCAGACCAAUGAUCGAAGUAUCAGCUCUACCGCAGGUCGUGUGCUGGACUAA